AUGGGUUUGGGAACACAGACCAUGGAGGACCGGAUUCUGCUGAAGACCAACCGUUUAGUACAGUUCCUGGAGCAGAGCGUCCAAACAUAUGAAACACUGAUCUGUUUGUUCCUUCAUGAGAAGAGUGGUGAUAUCAGCUCGUCCUUCUCCGAAGACCAGCUUUCUGCUUUUCUUCUGGACCUGCACUUUGCUGGAACUGACACAACAGCUAACACACUGCUCAGUGCCUUCCUCUACCUCAUGAACUACCCUCAAGUGCAAGAGCAGUGUCAGCAGGAGAUUGACCGAGUUUUGGAGGGAAAGGUUGUUGUUUCCUAUGAAGACAGGCACCUGAUGCCCUUCACACAGGCUGUGAUCCAUGAGAUCCAGCUGGUUUCUGACACAGUUCCACUUGCUGUAUAUCAUCAAGCUACAAGAGACACCGACCUGCUGGGACAGCUGUGCUGGAACCAAAGCAUCUCCUCUGCUGUGUGUUUUGUGUCAAGGGCACAAUAA